AUUUGUCAUUAAAUUGUCAAUUUUUUUUUCGAUAAAUGCCAUAUAUAUUUAAUUCAUUUAUUUGAUUAGACGAAAAAAAACAAUAGUUGAAAGUGAUUAUAAUCUAAUCAAAUGUUUAUUCAUAAUCAGAUAAUUGAUAAAUUAAUAUUUAUUCUUGGUUUGUCAUCAACAUUAUUGUCUAUGUUUGUUUUGAAUUCAUGUGAAGCAUAUUAUCUACCAGUGAAAUAUAAUUUCGAAUAUGAUUUAAUUGAUUAUUUAACCAAUGUUAAUGGGUUGAAGCAUUAUCCGCGCCAAAUUCGAUCAUUUUCUUCAAGAGAAGAAUUGGCUCGUUAUUUGAAUCAUAUGUUACAAGAAGAAGAGGCGUCAAUGAACAAUCUACCAAUUUCUCCUCUACGAUUUGGAUAAUGAUGUGCAUGAAAUCAAGAAUAAAAUUAAAAUGUGAAUGUCGAAAAGAUAAAUAAAUAAAUCAAUAAAAUGACUUCUCA